AUGCGCUCCUCAACACUGCGUCAAGCUCGCAAAAUCAUCAGAAAUCCUGGAGUAGAAACUCGCCAGGAUAUUGGUUCACGAUUCGUACAGAGAUCAACUCUUCCUACAACAUGCCUUCGUUGUAGUGGCAUAUCGCCGGGCUAUUCGAAUUACAGCCGCUUUCAACGACGAUGGCAGACAUCCGCCCGAACUUCCCAGACGGGGUCGAACAUUCCCCCAAAAGCAGAAACAGUACCACAAACACACUACGAGUUCUUCCCUAAAACUCUCCCGCAAGGGCCGCCGCCAUCAGGACCUUUCCGGAUAGACGCGCGGGAACUACGAAAGGAGUUCUUACAGCUACAAGCUGUGGCGCAUCCGGAUCGGCAUCCAACUCAUCUGAAAAGUCGAGCCGAGGGUACCUCCGCAAGGAUAAACGAGGCUUAUAAGACUUUACAAAAUCCUCUGCUGCGAACGCAAUACCUGUUAAGCAUGAAGGGUAUUGAUGUUGCGGAAGACGAAACAUUGAAGGUAGAGGAUCCAGAGUUAUUGAUGGAAGUGUUAGAUACCCAGGAAGAGAUAGAAAAUGCGCAAAACGAGGAAGAUCUGAUUGACAUGAAGAAGAUCAACGACGAGCGCAUAGCGAAAAGCGAAGAAAUACUGGAUGGAGCAUUUAGAGAAGAGAACAUAACCUUGGCCAAGGAAGAGGCAGUUCGCAUGAGAUAUUGGGUCAACAUCAAGGAGAGCUUAGAUGCUUGGGAGAAGGGCAAGCCUGUGGCACUUGUCCAUUGA